AUGGCCUACCCGAACAACUACCAUUAUCCGCCGCCGGGCCAGCAGCCCCCGCCGCCCGUGCAAACGCAGAAUCUGGGCCACCAGCAGCAGCCGCGCGCUUUCUCACCGCAGAAUUACCAGCAGUCGCCGACCGCCCUGUCCCCGACCAUGGGCAGCGGCAUUCCUCCGAAUAAGCGACAGCGCCUGUCGCCAAACCCGCCAUCGCCUGCGCCGUACCAGUCACCUUUUGGCAUGCCUGGCGCGCCCCAAUACCCUCCCUCGCCGUAUACCGCUUCCCCUCAGACGCCUGGCUACCACUCACUGCCCACCUCGCCCGCCGCGAUGCAGCCUCCGCCCUUCCACCAGCCUCAGCCGUAUCAGCACCCGAAUGGACAGCCGCCAGCGCCCCAGGGCUCUAUGCCGCCACCCAAGGUCCCUUAUAGCAAGACUGGCGAUAGUUCGGAAUUAGAGAAGGCGAAUGCGCGCGAUCUGGACGUCAAUAACAUUAGCGAUGUGCUCACAGGAUCUGGUAUCGAUCUGCGCGCCGAGGAGGACAACCUGCUGCACAACUACAGGAGCUUCAACUCGCAAGCAUCUGGCUCCACAGCAUCACCACAUGCUAGUUUCAAUAACUGGAGCCAGCAGUCGGGCCAUGGCGCAUUCCAAGGGACCGGCGCUCUUAGUCAAGAAAUGACCAAGGAGCAGCAUGAAGCCGAGUUCAUCAGAAAGCACGAGCAAGCCGCCAGGAUCCUGAACGAGUCGGCCCAGCAGCCGCUGAACGACCCGUUCCUGUCAGCAAGUGUCCUAAGACAUCGCAUCGCGAAACGUGGCUAUGAGCACGGUAUCCAGAUCAAUGUAGAUGGCUUAUUCGACAAGAUCCCAGACAAAGGCCAGCAAGAGAUCGCACGUACCACUGCAGCAGGUGCCAACGGCGAACAAAUCGUAGGCUUGGAGGCUGCUAGUCUACUGAACCAGAACGCUCCACUUGUGGAGAUUCUGACGCUGAUAUCGCUGGCUGCCGAGGAGCGUGUCCGGACCAUAGUUGAGGAUUCUUUUGCUUUGUGCCAAGGUCGUCAAAAUACUUCUCAUGGCAUCAUUCCCCCACAGAUGCUUGAUCUCGCUGUGGUGGAUGAGGGCGCAUCAGAGAAGAUGGCUCCGCCAGUCAACAUCUUGAAGACGCCGUGGGAGGCGACUGACAGUGCUGUCAGCCCUACAGCGACAGCCAGCAAGGGUGUCCCCAAUGCGGGACGAUUACCAACGCCUCCAAGCGAAGCACCCCCAACCCCUCAGCGAACAUACCAAAACGUCAACCACGUUGCCAUUGCACUUACGAAGCGCGUCAAUGACGACUACAAGUGGGAGCAGGAGCGCCUCCGCAAGCGCGCGAAGCGUCAAGCAGGCGCCUCAGCUUCCUCAGCAGAUGCGCCAGCUGCACCAAUACCCAUGCCGGAACCUGUGACAAAGAAGGCUUUGGCAUUCGCCAAGAAGCAGAGUCAGUCGGACGUUGUCGUAUUUGGCAAAGCCAACGAGACCGCCAGCAUGGCGCUUGGUGGCAAGAAGAAGAAAUACUCGUGGAUGACGGGCGGUGGCGGAGGACCAGCGUCAGGUGCAUCUACACCACGACCGGCUGCAGCAACAGGUGGCAGUGGCGCCGCUACACCUGCGGUCCAAGCUCCUGAAAAGGCUCUCAUGGGCAAGAAGCGCAAGUUCGGCGACACCAUUGAGCAGACCGAAACAGGCGCCGGUAUCCAGCUCCGUGAUUUGAUUCAUGUGCUAGAUAACGACGGAAGAGAGAAGAAGACGCUCACAGUCAUCCUGGCGCGUCUCAAGAACACAGAAAAGGAUACUAAGCCUGAGGUCAACAAGGCGGCGCCUGCUGUACCUGGUCCGGGUCUAAGAGCUUAG